UAGGGAUGUUUUCCGGGUUACGCCACUCCUGCUUAUAUCGACCCACAAGAUGUCCUGACCGCGCGCGCGCUUCCAUCAUGCGGCUCUAUUUGAGAAUGUCGCUCACACUUUUUGUCGUCGUUCUCGUCAGUGUCUCGAGCGUUACGCACGGUGGUAACGUGCUCGUGUUACCGGGAGAAUACAGUCACUGGUACAACAUGCGCAACAUCGUGGACGAGCUGCUGAACCGAAACCACAGCGUGACGGUUCUGGUGAGCACGGCUUCAAUCGCCGUGAACUUUAAACAGCCGGAGCGCUUCCAGUUUGUGGUCUUCAACGUGUCUCUACAGGCGCACGAGCUGCACGGUCUGAGCGAACAGAUGAUCAAAAUGUGGAUGCAGUACCCCAGACCGAGCAUGGUCCGGACUGGUCUCGAGUUCAUGAACCUGCUCGGGAAAGUGCGCGAGAUGCACCAGACCAUGUGUGACGCAAUGCUGCGUAACGCAGAGCUGAUCGCUCGUUUGACAGCUUUAAAGUUUGAUGUGCUCUUAUAUGACCCCAUGAUCAUAUGCAGUGACCUGCUGGCUGAAAUUCUGGACCUGCCGUUCGUCCUCUCCCUGAGGGGGACUCCUGGUUUUUCUAUGGAGAGGAUGUGUGGCCAGAUGCCCGCACCACCGUCUUUUGUCCCGGUUCCUCCGUCGCUGAUGACGGAUCACAUGAGUUUCACUGAAAGACUGAGAAAUGUGAUUGUUUACGCUGUUUAUUCUGCUGCGUUUCGGAUGGCCUCCAUCAGUUUGGAUAACUACUACAGUCAAGUGUUAGGUAAACCCACAACUAUGUGUGAGACGAUGGGAAAGGCCGACAUCUGGUUGAUCAGAACUUACUGGGAUCUUGAGUUUCCUCGACCGUUGAUGCCUAAUUUUAAAUUUGUUGGAGGAUUACACUGCAAACCUGCCAAACCUCUUCCAAAGGAUCUGGAGGAGUUUGUUCAGAGUUCAGGAGAUCACGGCAUUGUGGUGUUUUCAUUGGGAACUUUGGUGAAUAAUCUGACGAUGGACAAAACAAAUAUGAUCGCUUCUGCUUUCGCUCAGAUCCCACAAAAGGUUGUGUGGCGAUACAGUGGGAAAAGCCCAGAAACUCUGUCCCCCAACACAAAACUCUACGACUGGAUCCCACAGAAUGAUUUACUGGGACAUCCCAAAACGAAGGCCUUCUUUUCUCACGGUGGGACGAAUGGACUGUAUGAAGCUGUUUAUCAUGGUGUUCCUAUGGUGGGUUUACCACUGUUUGCUGAUCAGCCGGAUAAUCUCAACCACAUGAGAAGCAAAGGAGCUGCUGUCGUCCUCGACAUCAACACCAUGACGUCCAAAGACCUGCUGGACGCUCUCAACACUGUCAUUUAUAAUACAACGUACAAGGAGAGCAUGAUGAAGCUGUCCAGAAUUCAUCACGAUCAGCCCAUGAAGCCUCUGGAUCAGGCCGUGUUCUGGAUUGAGUUUGUGAUGAGGAAUAAAGGAGCGAAACACCUGAGAGUUCAGGCACACCAACUGACCUGGUAUCAGUAUUAUCUACUGGAUGUCAUGGCCUUCUUACUCACCAUAUUUACUCUCAGUGUGUUCAUUUUCAUCAAAACCUGCUGUUUUCUGUCCCGCAAGUGUUUCAGGAGGACUGUUCCUGAUCGCAGAGCAAAAAAUAAGAAUAAAAAUGAAUGAAUGUACAGUAUCAUGAUAAUGUGUGUUGUGCUGUGCAGUGUGUUCUCAAGAGCAAAAGGAAUACAUGAAUAUAUGUGGAAAUUUUA